CACUCCCCGCAUCCCAUCUUCACACAUCAGGCUGCAGGCAGCCAAAGGCACGCGCAUACCUGAAGUGUGUGGUCAUACGUACACUGCCCAGCAUCCAUGGCUCAGCACCCUCUCCUCGUCGCCGCGUCCUUCUUGGCCGCCUUCGCUGCCGUGUCCAGCGCCGGCAAGGUUGCCGUUUACUGGGGCCAGCGCGGCGAGGAGGGCACCCUCGCGGACACGUGCGCCUCCGGGCUGUACAACUUCGUGAACAUCGCCUUCGUCAGCGCGUUCGGCAACGGCGGCGGCCAGCCCCCGGUCCUGAACCUCGCCAACCACUGCAGCCCCGCCGCGGGGACCUGCGCCGUUUUCAGCUCCGACAUCAGGUCGUGCCAGGCGAGCGACGUCAAGGUGCUCAUCUCCCUCGGCGGCGGCGCCAAGCCGACCUACUCCCUCACCUCCGCCGAGGAAGCGCGCGGGCUCGCCGACUACCUGUGGGACAACUUCCUCGGGGGCACCUCGGCGUCCCGCCCGCUCGGCGACGCGGUGCUCGACGGCGUCGACUUCGACAUCGAGCAGGGCGGCGGCGACCACUACGACGAGCUGGCCAGGGCCCUGUCGUCCCGGUGCAACGGCGCGUGCCUGCUCACGGCGGCGCCGCAGUGCCCGUACCCGGACGCGCACCUCGGCGAGGCGAUCAAGACGGGGCUGUUCAGCCACGUGUGGGUGCAGUUCUACAACAACCCGAUGGCCAAGUGCCAGUACGCGCCGGGCGACGCGAGCGACCUGGAGGACGCGUGGGCGCGGUGGACGGCCGGCGUGCCGCCGCCAGCGGACGUCUUCCUGGGCCUCCCGGCGGCGGAGAGCGCGGCGGACAACGGCGGAUACAUCGACGCGGACACGCUCAAGUCGCAGGUGCUGCCGGCGGUGCGAGGCGCGGCCAACUACGGCGGGGUCAUGCUGUGGGACCGCGCCAGAGACGCCGCCUCGGGUUACAGCAGCAGCCUGCGCGGGAACGUGUGAAGUGAACGCUUGCCAAGUGAACUACUAAUAAUCUGGUAGUAUUAGUAACGACACGAGCAUGCUCAGCUCAGUUACGUCUCCCUUUCCCCUUCAAAUGAUAUCAUGCUCGGCUACAUGUCAUGUAAUCUCUAUAAACAAAUAAAUGGAUCCAACGAGGAGCUUUUCUUUUUAUUA